UCUAGGUUUUCAUGUAUGGGGCUCCUGCAUCAUCAACACCGUUGUGUUUGGUCCUUCUUCGCUGCUCCUCUGCAGCAAGUUACGCGGGAAACUGAUAAUAGCCGCUGGCCUCUGCUGCACGUUAGGAGAAGACCUGUACAGCCUCCUCGAGCUGCCCAGUCAUAUCCCUCUGUUCUCCAAAAAUUUCUACGUUCUUCUGCGAGCCUCUCAUCAUCCGAAGAUCACGAGUCUCAGAGAAAAAGCGGCUGUCUUCGCAGUUAUUAACAACGAAGAGGAAAGUGAUCCAUAUUCGUCUCGGGAGAUUAAGCGGGAAAAACUCAUCCUCUUACGGAGAUAAGCAACAAUGGCGACCCGAGAUGGUGGUAUCAAGGCCACCUCAAUAAACGGCGUUAAGUUGUAUACUAUAGCAUCCCAGCAACCCUCACGUGCUUCAUGGCUUCCUUCCAAGAAGCAGAAGUCUCAUCGGAAGAUAAAGAGUUACACGGAAAAUGUGCAACUGCUGCAAGAUUUGAGAUUUGAUAAUGCAACAACUAAAAUUAAGGCAACUCCUGAUGGGGAGUAUAUCAUAGCAUCAGGUAUAUAUCCACCUCAAGUAAAAGUAUACGAGGUUAGGGAGCUUGGGUUGAAGUUUGAAAGGCACCUAGAUUCUGAGAUUGUCGAUUUUCAGGUUUUAAGCGAUGACUAUUCAAAACUUGCAUUUUUGUGUGCUGAUCGAUCGGUUUGUCUUCACGCCAAAUAUGGAAAACACUAUAGUUUGCGAAUACCAAGGAUGGGUAGGGAUAUUGCUUAUGAUUGCUGGUCCUGUGACUUGCUUUGUGCUGCCUCUUCACCAGAUUUAUACAGAAUCAAUUUACAGCAGGGACGAUUUCUUCCCUCCCUUUCCACUCAAUCCCCAGCUUUGAAUGUAGUAUCUCGAAGCAAGUUUCAUGGUCUAGUUGCCUGUGGCGGUGAAGAUGGUGCUGUGGAAUGUUUUGACGUGCGAGAGAGAUCUUCAAUUGGCAGAAUCGAUGCCACUGGACCAAGUGGUGAUGUUGACCAGGAGGUCACUGCAAUAGAGUUUGAUGAUGGAGGUUAUUUAAUGGCUGUUGGAAGCAGUGCAGGGAAGGUGCUCAUCUAUGACUUGCGCUCAUCGCAUCCUGUACAAAUUAAGGAUCACAUGUAUGGAAGUGCCAUAUUGGAUAUUAAGUGGCAUCAUACUCUUAAUUAUGAACGACCAAAGUUAAUUACCAGUGAUAAGCAUGUUGUUAGAAUAUGGGAUCCUGAAUCGGGAGAAGGCAUGACCAGCAUUGAACCAACAGCGGGAAUAAUAAAUGAUGUAUGUACAUUUAGUGGCAGUGGCUUGAUCCUGCUGGCCUUAGACUGCAGCCAAAUACCAUCUUACUUUAUACCAGCCCUUGGACCUGCUCCCAAAUGGUGCUCAUCCCUAGAAAAUUUUACGGAGGAGCUAGAUAUGGCUGGACAAGCAACUAUUUAUGAUUAUUAUCAAUUUUUGACAAAAGAAGAACUUGAGAGGUUAAAUUUGACCAACUUGAUUGGUACCAAUCUACUCAGAGCCUACAUGCAUGGCUUCUUUAUUAAUUAUUCAUUAUACAAAAAGGCAAAAGCACUGGCAGAUCCUUUUGAGUAUGAAUCAUAUAUUGAACAGCAGAAGCAAGAAAAACUGGAAGCUGAACGCGCAUCACGGAUAACGAUUAGGAGAAAAUUACCAAAAGUUAAUCGGGCCCUUGCAGCUCGCCUUCUUGAAAGUGAAGAAGCUGAAAAUGAAAAGGAUGCUGUUGAUGAUGAAGCUAAAAAGGUUUCUAAGAAAAAGAAGAGCAUUAGUAUGCAGGAUCUUAAAGAUGACCGAUUUGCUGCAAUGUUUACGAACAAGGAUUAUGAGAUUAAUCCUUCCUCACAAGAAUAUUUGGCUUUACAUCCCAUGGCAUCUUCUAAGAAGCAAAGUUCCUUACUGAAGGAGCAUUUCGAACCUGUCAUGUCUGAUGAAGAGCAGAGUUCAAGUGAUUCUGAUGGGUCAGCCUCAUUAGAAGACGAAUCUGCAAAUCGACUGAAAUCUAAACCUCAGGUCCCAAGAAUGUAUGAAAUCAAGAACGAGUUACAUGCGGAGGCAUUCUGGAAGCAGAAGUCCCUUGCAGAGGAGGACUCGCUUCCAAUUGGAGAUAGACUAGCCACUCUGAAAGACGGCGAAAGGUCUUCUGCGAUGCGGGAUGGUGUGAAGAUGGGUCCUGGAGGUUCACGAGAGAUUACUUUUACCACUAAAAGCUCAUCCAAGUACAAGGAAGACGAAGAAGACCAACCUCGCAAGAGAAGGGGAGUUCAAUCAUUGGGGCUUAAGCCAGACAAUUCCAGUUUCGGUCAAGGAAGGGGAAGGGGAAGGGGAAGGGGCAGAGGCAGGGGCAGGGGCAGGGGUGGCAGAAAUCGUCGGUGAAUCACCUUUUUUAGUGAAUAUAACAUUUGGUGGCUUGAAUCCGGUGCCCAUGUAUACCCCGAUAUUCCAUUUUGCGUUUUCCUAUUCCAAUUCGGGGAUUUUGUGCUAAUUAUUUAUAGGUUUGUUGUAAUUUUUUUCUAAUCUGAUCUUAAAUAUUAUUUUAACAAAAAAUGAUAAUGCGUUUCUUCAAGACUAGUCGUCAAAUUUUGACGUUAAGAACGAUUUCAACUUUAAUAUUCAAUAUAAUGCGUCCUUUUGAUGUUAGGUGUAAUUUGUGGAAAAAGAUAUCAUAGGUCAUUUGUGGCGUGUAAUAGGAAAGGAGAUGCAAUAACAAAGGUUUAUGUUAUUUUGAAAUUA